AUGCAAGAAAGAUUUUCUCGAAAAUUGAUCGAUUUUCGAACAAUUUAUGUCGAUCCAUCGAACUUGAAAAGUUUUCACACCAUUCAAUCUGCCAUUAACUCUGUGCCUUCGAACAAUAAUCACUGGAUUUGCAUCUCUAUUAAAGCCGGCACAUACAAUGAACGGAUUACAAUACCACCAGAGAAGCCAUACAUUUACCUCAAAGGAGAAGGAAUCGGCAAAACCAAUGUUGUGUCGGGUUCCAAUGACUCCAUCGUGACUUCCGCGACUUUCUUCUCUAACGCUAACAAUAUUUUCGUCUCUGACAUUACCUUUGUGAAUUCUUAUAAUUAUCCCUUUAAGAAGAAUGGUAAUAUCAAAUCGCCGGCGGUGGUGGCUAGGAUUUCCGGUGAUAAAUCAGCCUUCUACCGGUGUAGUUUUUUAGGGUUGCAGGAUACAUUGUUGGACGAGAAGGGGAGACACUACUUUAAGCUUUGUACCAUUGAAGGAGCCAUUGAUUUCGUAUUUGGCGGUGGUCAAUCCAUUUAUGAGGAAUGCACCUUAUCAUUCAAUGGAGAAGCCCUAGAUCCGGGUACUAUAGGUUUCAUAACAGCACAAGGAAGAGACGAUCCAAAGGAUACAGGUGGAUUUGUAUUCAAGAACUGCAAUGUAAUUGGAACGGGAAAGGCAUUUCUAGGAAGAGCAUGGAAAUCUUAUUCCCGGGCUAUAAUUUACAACUCAUUUCUCUCCGACAUUAUCAUUUCUCGAGGAUGGGACGCUUGGUACUAUGUUGGUCACGAGAAUCAGUUAACCUUCGCAGAGCAUCAAUGCCAUGGGUCGGGAUCUGACAUGUCGAACCGAGUAAAGUGGGAAACAACACUAAGCCCACAAGAGUUGCAAGUAUUUACAAGCAUGUCUUACAUUGAUAAUGAAGGGUGGAUUGCAAACCUACCUCUCAACAUCUUGGGUUGA